AUGCCUGCUCCCGUGGGAACUCCUCAGACUCUUUACGACAAGGUCUUUUCAGCACACAUUGUCGACGAGAAGUUGGAUGGCACGAUUCUUCUUUACAUUGACCGACACUUGGUCCACGAAGUGACAUCACCACAAGCCUUUGAGGGCCUCGAGAAUGCAGGCCGAAAGGUCCGAAGACCGGAUUGUACUUUGGCUACCACUGAUCACAACGUCCCCACAUCUUCCCGCAAAGCCCUGAAGGAUAUUGCUUCUUUUAUCGAGGAGGACGAUUCGCGAACACAAUGUGUUACCCUGGAGGAGAAUGUCAAGAAAUUCGGUGUCACAUACUUCGGCCUCGGCGACAAGCGACAGGGUAUUGUCCACAUCAUUGGCCCCGAGCAAGGCUUCACUCUCCCCGGAACCACCGUUGUUUGUGGUGACAGCCACACCUCGACACAUGGCGCCUUCGGUGCUCUGGCCUUUGGUAUCGGUACCAGUGAGGUUGAGCACGUUCUUGCAACCCAGUGCCUGAUUACCAAGCGAAGCAAGAACAUGAGAAUACAGGUCGACGGUGAGCUGGCCCCCGGUGUCAGCUCAAAGGACGUUGUCCUCCAUGCCAUCGGUCAGAUCGGUACUGCUGGAGGUACUGGUGCUGUUAUUGAGUUCUGUGGUUCUGUUAUCCGCAGCCUGAGCAUGGAGGCUCGCAUGUCCAUCUGCAACAUGUCCAUUGAGGGUGGUGCCCGUGCUGGUAUGGUCGCUCCCGAUGAGAUCACCUUUGAAUAUCUCAAGGGUCGCCCCCUGGCCCCCAAGUAUGGCUCUGAGACUUGGAACAACGCUGUUGCCUACUGGAAGUCCCUCCAGUCGGAUCCCGGUGCCAAGUAUGAUAUCGAUGUCUUCAUUGAUGCUAAGGAUAUUGUCCCUACUCUUACCUGGGGAACCAGUCCCGAAGACGUCGUACCCAUCACGGGCUGCGUUCCUGACCCUGAGACCUUUAGCAGCGAGAGCAAGAAGGCUGCUGGUCGUCGCAUGCUUGAGUACAUGGGCCUGACCGCUGGAACCCCCAUGGAGGAGAUUCCCGUCGACAAGGUUUUCAUCGGAUCCUGCACCAACGCCCGAAUUGAGGAUUUGCGAGCUGCUGCCAAUGUUGUCAAGGGCCGCAAGGUUGCUGAUAACAUCAAGCGCGCCAUGGUCGUUCCUGGCUCUGGUCUUGUCAAGGCUCAGGCCGAGGAGGAGGGACUUGAUCAAAUCUUUGUCGAUGCCGGUUUCGAGUGGCGAGAGGCUGGUUGCAGUAUGUGCCUGGGCAUGAACCCUGACAUUCUGGCCCCUAAGGAGCGAUGUGCCAGUACAUCGAACCGAAACUUUGAAGGUCGACAGGGUGCCCUCAGCCGAACUCAUCUUAUGUCUCCUGUCAUGGCUGCUGCCGCUGCCCUUGUUGGCAAGCUGGCCGAUGUGCGCAAGCUAUCCCACUAUACCCACCAGUCCGCCUUCAAGGCCCGUGAGCUCCCCGUCGAGGAGCCUCAUGUGGACGAGCGAACCAAGGACGACUCCGAGGAGCGCGAACUGAUUGGUGACCAGCCCCAGGACUCUCAACCUCACACCAACACCCUAGUCAGCACUGCCGGCUCCGCUUCUGGUCUGCCCAAAUUUACUAUCUGGAAGGGCACUGCCGCUGCUCUGGACCGAUCCAACGUCGACACCGAUGCCAUCAUCCCUAAGCAGUUCCUCAAGACUAUCAAGCGAACCGGUCUUGGGACCGCUCUCUUUUACGAGCUUCGAUACAAGGAGGAUGGAUCUGAGGACCCCGACUUCGUCUUGAACCAGGAGCCUUUCCGAAACACCAAGACCUUGGUUGUUACUGGUCCCAACUUUGGAUGCGGUAGUUCUCGAGAGCACGCCCCUUGGGCCCUUCUCGACUUCGGCAUUAAGUGUAUUAUUGCUCCCUCUUUUGCAGAUAUCUUCUUCAACAACACUUUCAAGAACGGCAUGCUUCCCAUCCGUAUCGACAACAAGAAUGACCUGGACGCCAUUGCCGCUGAAGCUCGCGCCAACCGAGACAUUGAAGUCGAUCUCCCUAACCAGCUGAUCAAGAACGCUGCUGGCGAGACUAUCUGCUCAUUUGACGUCGAGGAGUUCCGCAAACACUGCCUGGUCAACGGCCUCGACGAUAUCGGCCUGACUAUGCAGCAGGAGGAAAAGAUUUCCGAGUUUGAGCGAAGCAUGACACAAAACACUCCUUGGCUCGACGGUUCAGGCUACCUGAAGCGUCCUGGACAGGGUGGUAAGCUGGCCGCCAAGGCCGUGCCCAUUCCCAAGACAAAUCGUGGUGAGGAGAAGAAGGAACCUCUCGAGUGGUAA